CACUUGUUCGCUCUCUUGCUCUCUAGCUCUCUCACUUGUUCGCUCUCUCGCUCUCUCACUCGCUCUCUUGCUUGCUCUCUCGCUCUCUCACUCUCUUACUUUCUUACUCGCUUCUCACUCUCUCACUCGCCUGUCUGUCUGUUAAAGCUUGUUUGUGGUUUCGAACCUUUGUACAUGCCGUCGGGAGUCACCACCUCACCGUAUUCCCCCAGACCGCUCCUCACAUCCCAGGCAUUGACGCUUGCUUCUCAGGUGGAUUGCGACCAUGCGAAACGAAUUCAGAGGGUCAGUCUGAGAGCGCGCGCAUGCACAAUGAUAAUUCGGCCAGGGACCGGUGUCCAGGAUGCGAUGGCGAAUCGAGAUUGCGAAGGGGAAGCAGGGAGCAGACCUGGAUAUGGGGCGUAGAAAACAGAGCAAAGCAAGCGGGUGUUGAUGAGAGGGGUUAGGGUUGAAGCGUUAGGGUUAGGGGUUGAUGGGCUGCAGGGAGGGAGUGAUGAGAUGGAGACGAGAAGGAUGAGGCGAUGGUGAAGAGGAGAGGGGAUGGUGCAGGAGACGACGACGGUGACGACGACAGCAGUGUGGAAUUCCGUCGAGAACACCAGGGGGACAGGGGCAGGAGCUGGAGCAGGAGGUGCCCGUGCAGGCUCCGAGGUUGGUGCCUCGUCUGUUUCGACGGGGACGGGUGCGGGAACAAUGACAGCGGUGGUCACGGGAGCAUCGGGAAGCGGAAGCGCGAUAGAGAGUGUGGUGGUGGCGGCACGGGGUGAGAAGAACGGAGUGGCGAGGGGCGAGGAGAAUGUGGACGAACCGCGGGAGGGUGGGCAGGAGUCGGUUAUUGUGGAGAAGCGCGGGGAGCACGCAGCCGUGUGUAAGUGGACGAUCAGCCAGUUUGCGAAGAUGAAGGCGCGGGCGCUGUGGAGCCGUUACUUUGAGGUAGGCGGGUACGACUGCCGAUUGCUGGUAUAUCCUCGGGGCGAUUCGCAGGCACUGCCAGGGUACUUGAGCAUAUAUCUGCAGGUGACGGAUCCGCGGGGAUCGUCGUCUUCGAAGUGGGAUUGCUUCGCGAGCUACAGGUUGUGCGUAGUGAAUCAGAAGGAUGAGACGAAAUCCGUUCAGAGGAACUCGUGGCAUCGGUUUUCUGGGAAAAAGAAGUCUCACGGUUGGUGUGAUUUCACGCCAUCGUCGACGGUGCUGGACGGGAAGGGCGGGUUCGUGGUGAACGAGGCGGUACUGAUAACGGCCGAGAUUCUGGUUGUGCAUGAGUCAGUGUCGUUUUCGAGGGAGAAUGAGGUGCCUGCCAGCGGGGGGCUCGUCCCGGAAGUGCUGAGCGGGAAAUUCACGUGGAAAGUGCACAAUCUGUCGCUGUUCAAGGAGAAGAUCAAGACGCAGAAGAUCAUGAGUCCCGUGUUCCCCGCCGGCGAUUGCAGUUUGAGAUUGAGCGUGUAUCAGUCGUCGGUGAGCGGUGCAGAUUAUUUGUCCAUGUGCAUGGAGAGCAAGGACACCGAGAAGUCGAGCGUCCCGGAGCGUAGCUUCUGGUGUCUGUUUCGGAUGUCGAUGCUGAAUCAGCGGGCCGGGAUGAACCACAUGCACCGGGACUCGUACGGGCGAUUUGCUGCGGACAACAAAAGCGGCGACAACACCAGCUUGGGAUGGAACGAUUACAUGAAGAUGGCGGAUUUUGUGGCUCCGGAGAUGGGGUACUUGGUAGAAGACACAGCCGUGUUCAGUGCUUCGUUUCACAUGAUCAAAGAGUCGAGCACGUUUUCGAAGAAUGUAGGGCCGUUGGCGGGCAGGGGCAAUGUAAAGAAGAGCGAUGGGUAUCAGGGGAAGUUCAUGUGGCGAAUCGAGAACUUCACUCGGUUGAAGGAGCUUCUGAAGAAGCGGAAAAUCACGGGGCUGUGCAUCAAGAGUCGGAGGUUUCAAGUCGGCAACCGGGACUGCCGACUCAUCGUGUAUCCGCGAGGACAGUCACAGCCCCCGUGCCACCUGUCGAUGUUUCUGGAGGUUACGGAUCCUCGCAACGCUUCCGCGGAUUGGAGCUACUUUGUGAGUCAUCGUUUAUCGGUGGUGAACCAACGGACGGAGGAGAGAUCGGUAACGAAGGAAUCCCAGAAUCGAUAUUCGAAGGCGGCGAAGGAUUGGGGGUGGCGGGAAUUCGUGACUCUUACCAGCCUGUUCGAUCAAGACUCUGGAUUUCUCGUGCAGGACACCGUCGUUUUCUCCACGGAGGUGUUGAUCCUGAAGGAGACGUCGUCAAUGCUGGAGCUGCCCGAGUGCGAGGGCGAGGCAGCAGAUGCAGGGGGAGGGUCCGACACGGGCAGAAUUGUGAACCGCGGGAGUUUUACGUGGCGCGUGGAGAACUUUCUGGCUUUCAAGGAAAUCAUGGAGAGUCGGAAGAUAUUCAGCAAGUUCUUUCAGGCUGGAGGAUGCGAGUUACGCAUAGGUGUGUACGAGUCGUUUGAUACGCUGUGCAUAUAUCUGGAGAGUGACCAGUCGACGGGAUCGGAUCCGGACCGAAAUUUUUGGGUGAAGUAUCGCAUGGCAGUGGUGAACCAGAAGCAUGCGGAUCGGACGGUGUGGAAGGGGUCUUCGAUCUUGACGAAGACGUGGAACAACUCGGUGCUGCAGUUCAUGAAGGUUUCGGACAUGGUGGAGGCGGAUGCCGGGUUUGUGGCCCGAGACACGGUCGUGUUUGUGUGUGAGAUACUGGACUGCUGCCCAUGGUUUGAGUUUUCUGACCUGGAGGUGCUGGUAUCUGACGACGAACAAGAUGCGGUAUCGACGGAUCCAGAGGAACUACUGGACUCGGACGACAGUGAAGGCAUGAGCGGCGACGAAGAAGAUAUGUUUCGAAGCCUGCUGGCACGCGCGGGCUUCCACCUGAGCUACGGGGACAACCCACCGCUUUUGUUGGAUCCAUCGCAGCUUCAGAUGACGCUGCGGGAGAAACUGGUGAUGGAUGCGGGAGCCGUGGCAGCCUUCCUAACAGGUACAUUGAGGGAGAAGGGCGAGUGGUUCGGUUGUGGCGUGAGUUUCUUUGGCAGAGCCGGUUUGCGUUGGCAUCCCGUAGUGGUGCGGGCCGGCGACGUUGAUGAAUGCGAGGAUGCGGAUGUUCUCGGGCGAGCUUGGUCAUGGCGAGAGAAGUUGCAGGGGUUGAGAGUGUACUUGGAUGAUCCAUGGAGGGUGAAGCGGUUGCUUUUGCCAACCAAGAGUUCGACUACAAGUGCGGGAGGAGGGGGAGGCAAGAGCGCAGCGGGGAGAGGGGAGGCAUCUUCUCCGAGUCUGAUGAAUCUGUUGAUGGGAGUGAAAGUGUUGCAACAAGCUAUCAUAGAUCUGCUAUUGGACAUAAUGGUGGAGUGCUGUCAGCCAUCGGAAGGGAAGAAGGGGAACGAUGCACCCGCGGAGAGCAAACGAGGCGGAGCUGUGGAGGCCAACAAUGGUUCCAAAUUGGUGGCCGCAGGUGGAGCGGAGUGGCGAAAUGGCGGUUCAGGCGCAGAAUGCCGGGAUAGUGGACUAAGCUUAAUCGAGCAGCGACUAGAGGUAGAAGGCGAUGGAUGUUCAGGAGCACAGGCCGUGCAAAGCAGCGACUCGUUGGCCGUAGAUUUGCCAGUGGGCAGGGCUGCUGCUCUUCCUGUGUCGUCCGUGCACUCCGAGGCUGCAGCGAGGCAGGAGUGUACUGUUCCGGAUUCUAAGAGAGAUAAUGUCUCGAACCAUGGGCUCAAGGCGAAAUGGCCCGAGCAAUCCGACGAGCUUUUGGGGCUGAUAGUGAAUUCAUUGAGAGCUGUGGAAGGAGCAGUAGCCCAGGGUGGUCCCGAGCCCCGGCGGAGGCCACAGUCAGCGCAGAAGAUUACGGUGGUGCUGGAGAAGGCUCCGAAGCAUUUACGGGCAGAUGUGAUAGGUCUGGUGCCAAAACUUGUGGAUUUGUCGGAGCAUUCUUCGGUUGCGUGCUCUUUGCUGGAACGGCUUCAGCGAGCGGAUGCAGAUGCUGGCUUACGAUCACAGAUGUUGGGAGCAUUGGGUGAAUUGGAGGUGAACAGUGACAUAUGGGAGCAGGUGCUCCAACAAGGCCUAGAUGUUCUGCCGGACUUAGUGGACGAACCAUUGGCAGUAGUGACGAGAUUGGUGUUGAAAGCUGCUAGCAAGAGCCAACAGUUGGGACGAGCGGUUGCGGCAGUGCGGAGAAGCUUGAAAGAGCUGGGCCCGACCGUCUCUCCGCGGGUGCUGGAUGUGGUGCGGAGCAGUGCGAGCAGCAACCUAGACGUGGCGGAGGCACUACUGCGGGACAUCGAUGGUGAUUGCGAUCAGAGCGAAAUGGAGAUGACAAGUGCGGGAAUGAACACAGUGUUCAGAGACAACCGAGAUGGUGCCGGAGCAUCCCAGCUCCAGGCAGCGGCCGAGAAGGUAGCAGCAUGUUGUUGGAGGGUUGCAGACGUGGACUUUCUGGUGGAAAUGUUGACGGUGCCGACGUUGAGAGUGGAGGCCCAGCGCGUUUUCGAGCGAGCGCUUGCUCGGGGAGCUUUUGGGGAGCAAUCAGUAGUGAUGGUGCUGGAGAGGCGGCGUUCUCAACGGGUGAUUGUGGGGGGUCGUGUGGGUGGCAGCGCAGCGGCAUCCCACGCUGAGGAUUCAUUGAUGCCUGGCACUCCUGGCGGAGGAGUAGAGCAGCUGCCUCGUGGGGAAGAAGAUGGCGACUUUGCAGCAGUUCUUGAGCUGGCGAAAUCUCUGGCCCUGUCUGGCGAUGUGAGAGUUCGGGAGUUCGUGUCGACGAUGUACGCCGUGAUGUUCAAGGUUUACGGAGACGAGGGGUAUCACGAGCGUAUGCUGAGGGGGCUUGUGGAGCGAGCGACUAGUAGCAGCAGCGGUCUGCACAAGGUGGAGUUGGGAACGGACAUAUUGUCAUUUUUGGUGCGGGAGGAGGAAGGGGCGGCAGGUCCGGUGUUGGGCAUGGUCUGCAAGGCGGUUGAGGCGGCGAACGGGGAGCGGAACGCGUUGUGGCAGCAGGUACGAGCUCGGGAAGAGGAGACGUUGCGGGCGAGAAACGAGCGGCAAGUGGAAUUGGGUCGGGUGUCGCGAGAGAAGAGCGUGCUGUCACAAAGGCUUGAGGAUGCGGACGUAGCGCAAGGGCGGUUGAAGGCGGAAAUGAGAGCAGAGCUGGACAGAAUGGGGCGUGAGAAGAAAGACAUGGCGGAGCGGAUUCGGGAAGUCGAGAAUCAGCUGGAGUGGGUUCGGUCUGAGCGGGAGGAGGAGAUUGGAAAGCUGGUGAUCGAGAAGAAGGGAGUACAGGAUUGGCUCAGAGACACGGAGGGUCAGAUUGCGCAGCUGAAGUCGCGAAAACGAGAUGAGCUGAAGAGAGUGAUGAAGGAGAAGAAUGCGUUGGCUGAGAGGUUGAAAGGCGCGGAGUCUGCGAGGAAGCGAUUCGACGAGGACAUCAAGCGGUAUGCGACGGAGUCGGUAACUCGAGAAGAGUUUCGGCAGUCGCUGGAAGACGAGGUGCGGCGGCUGACUCAAACGGUGGGGCAAACGGAGGGAGGACUGAGAGAGAAAGAGGAGCAGGUGAUGCGGUGCGAAGCGUACAUCGACGGGAUGGAGUCGAAGCUGCAUGCUUGUCAGGUACGUGGUGGAAAGUGGGUUUGUGUGGAAGGGGGACAGCAAAGAGGGGCAGGGGGUGGGGAGCUUAUGGCGAAUAUGGCAGCCAUGACGAACCAGUCUCCACUUGGUCCGGGUUUGGGGAUAUAUGCGAGUCCAGCGUCGAUUGCGGUGGGGAUGCCUUCCGUGAUGGCGAGUGGGAUGGGCGUGCACGGAAACGGGCACAUGAACGGCAGCGUGGAGGUGAGAGGUCGGAGAGAUGCUAGUAUGGCAGAACAGGGCAAGGAGCCACCGGUGGAGAGGUUUUGUGGUGGGUUGAACAGGACUGCCUUCGAAGCCGCGUGGGCAUGUCUGAUUAACGGGUGUCCAGCUUCUACGGAGGUGAGGAUGUGUGACAAUUUGGGGUGGAUGAAUGCGAUGGAGUACAACUACGAUUUCGAUCUGGUUGAAAAUAUGCAGGUCUGGCUGUGGUGUCUGGGUUGCGGUAGAGAGGGUUGA